AUGAACUUCUAUCAAAUUAUCGUAGCCAUUGCCAUGCUGUUGGCUCUUGUUGGAACUUCGUUGGCCGCCAAGGAUGGGACCAAGUGGGAAAGAGAUAGCAAGGAUUCGUGCAAUGACCUAUAUCGAUUUUCGGAAGUGAACGUAAAAUGGUUGACGGAACAUUUCUUAAAUGAUGGAUCCGAAACACGAGGAGGAGCAUUAAGCGGUGAACGGCAAAUACGAACAUUCCUCCGCUACAUAGGGGACCCUGGUUUUCAGGUAUUUUAUAUAGAAGACAAGCACUAUUUUAAUUACUUUAUCUAAUAAAUUAAAAAAUAUUCUAGGUCUGUGUUGGCCUGUAAAACCAUAUGGGAAGUAUGUCAGAAGAUUGCCGAUAAAGCUGAUCGUUGGAUUCAAUUUCCGAACUCAAGGGAUGCGAUGAAAAAUGCCGAGAUUCUAUGGUCCCAGAAUCAAAAGUUCCCUCACACAAUUGGCGCAAUUGAUUGUACACAUGUGGCAAUCAUUAAACCACAUACCCACGGUGACGAGUUCAUCAAUAGAAAAGGGAUUGCCUCCUUCAACGUUCAGGCAACGUGUAAUGGCCAAGAAAUAUUCACUUCCAUCGACUGUUCGUGGCCCGGCUCCGUGCAUGAUUCGAGAAUUUGGAGGCAUUCGGCUAUUCAUAAUAUCAUGCACGAAAACUCUUCUGGAGAACUUCUGUUGGGGGAUGAAGGUUAUGGAAUAGCUCCCUGGAUGAUGACUCCUUACCGUAAUCCAGAUACUCCAGUUCAGUUGAAUUAUAACAAGAUUCACAGUCGUGAAAGGGUCGUUAUUGAACGUGUGUUCGGUCAAGUCAAAAGGCGCUUUCCCAUACUGAAAUCCAAAAUACGCAUUAAAACCGAUAGAGUUCCAGCACUUAUUUUGGCAUGCUUCGUUCUUCAUAACGUAGCUAAACAUUUGGGGGAGCAGGAAUUCGAGGACGAUUUUUCGGACCCAAUUGUUUUGGUACCAGUGGCUCCUGUGAAUGAGAAUAGAAGCAACACCUUAAGGUGA